AUGUACUUUCACUUUCACUUCCCCUCAAGCUUUCUGUUCAUCACAAUAUCCUCUGUCCUUUCAAAACCUGGGGUUCUUGAUGAAAGUUUGGAUACUACAUUGAGAUUAGGGACAUCAACAUCAGAUCCCAGGAAGACACCACAACAUGAUCACAUGGUCUCCUUAUCAUUAACACUUGCCCCACCAUCUGGAAUCACUACCAGACAUGCAUCUCCAACUAAAACAUCCUUCCCAGCAGCCUUUGGAAUCAAAAAGAAUCCAGUUUUCAAACACCCAUCCAAGGAAAAAACACCCUCCAGACUCAAGAACCAUGUCAAUAUGUACAUUGAGGCCCCAAGUGUGCAAUUCCAACAGGCUAUGGAAGACCAAUCACAAAUUCAACACAAAGCAAUUACCUGUGAAAGAUGUGAACUUCAAGCUCUUAGACACAAAACAGCAACACAUCAUCCUCAAGGAUCUUUCACAAGCACUCUGCCCAAUGGUGAAGUUGUGACUCAUAAUUUACACAGAUAUUAUGCUUUAGGUGUGACACCAAACCAAGGUUUCACAUCCCAUGAACCAAACCUGGAUAGACCCAUGAAAUACCAAUUUUAUCCAGUGGUUGACUCAUCUUCAUCCAGAUUUCAAUGCAUACAAGGGAGAGAGGCCCAAGCAGAGAAAGAACCUACAGGAACAACCAUAAGGGAGGAAACAAAUUUGCACCCAUCCAAAUUUGAUGCAAAGGAAGUGAUGAUUUCAAAUGAUGAUAAGAUCAUCUAUCCUUUGGGCAAUUCAAAGGAUGUAGCAAGAUGGGUAAGCCUGGGGAAAAAAGAACUUUGGGCAUGUGGUAGGAUUGUGAUAGACAUUGAGGUAUGGUACGAUAAGAUGAUAGCUGAAUUGACAGAGAGACUCAAGGACCACAGUGAUAUUGGCAUUCAAACAACUGAUCUAAGAAGGGCACUACGUCGAGCCAAAUUGAAAUUGAUACCCUCAUUGCUUGGAUUCAUCAUAGAAACAAAAGAUCUUGAAGGAAUCCAAAACCAUGAUGGGGUAUUGAGUGAAGGAUGGGAAUUCUUGAAGAAUUACAUGGCUGGUUGGAAAGAUGUGGAUCUUGUGGAAGUUGUCCACUUGUUAAGAAUUCCACUUUUUGAAUGUGAAACAUGGGAUUCACCUGAACAAGUUCUGGCAUACUUGAUGCGCAUAAACCCAACCACUGUCUUGGCUUAUCCAGUAUUAUCUGGUUUUAUCUCUAGCUGGAAAAUGCUGAAGGGACAUUGA